AUGGUUCCCUGGUGGUUGUCUGCGCUCCUGUCCCAGUUGGUGAUCCCGGCGCUCUUUUGCCUACCCCAGGCACAGCCGGCUGGUGUCUUCGAGCUGCAGAUUCACUUUUUCGGACCCGGGCCAGGUCCAGGGGUCCCGCAGAACCCCUGCAGCGCCCUUGGUCCCUGCCGCCUCUUCUUCAGGGUGUGUGUGAAGCCGGGGGUGUUGGAGGACGCCGCCGCCGAGGCCCCGUGCGCCCUGGGCGCGGCGCUCAGCGCGCGCGGCCCCGGCUCCCCGGAGCAACCCGGAGCGCCCGCGGCCCAUCUGCCGCUGCCCGACGGGGUCCUGCGGGUGCCCUUCCGGGGCGCCUGGCCGGGCACCUUCUCCCUCAUCAUUGAAACCUGGAAAGAACAGCUGGGAGACCAGGCUGGAGGGCCCGCCUGGAGCCUGCUGACGCGCGUGGCGGGCCGCCGGCGUCUGGCUGCGGGGGCUCCGUGGGCCCGCGAUGUGCAACGCGCCGGUGCCUGGGAGCUGCGCUUCUCCUACCGCGCGCGCUGCGAGCCGCCGGCCGCGGGCGCCGCGUGCACGCGCCUGUGCCGCUCGCGCGGCGCCCCCUCGCGGUGCGGCCCGGGACUGCGGCCCUGCGCGCCCUUCGAAGACCACUGCCAGGACCCGCCGCCAUGUCGAGCUGGCUGCAGCCCGGAACACGGCUUCUGUGAGCAGCCAGAUGAAUGCCAAUGCCAGGAGGGCUGGACUGGGCCCCUCUGUACCAUCCCUGUUGCCAUCAGCAGCUGCCUCAGCCCCGGAGGCCCACCUUCUGCCAUCUCUGAAUGUCUUGGGCCUGGGCCUGGGCCCUGUGAUGGAAACCCCUGUGCCAAUGGGGGCAGUUGUAGCGAGACGCCAGGCUCCUUCGAAUGUGCCUGCCCCCGGGGUUUCUACGGGCCUCGCUGCGAGGUGAGCGGGGUGACAUGCGCGGACGGGCCCUGCUUCAACGGUGGCUUGUGCGUCGGGGGCGCAGACCCCGACUCUGCCUACGUGUGCCACUGCCCACCGGGUUUCCAGGGCUCCAACUGUGAGAAGAGAGUGGAUCGGUGCAGCCUGCAGCCCUGCCAAAAUGGUGGCCUCUGCUUGGACCUGGGCCACGCUCUGCGCUGCCGCUGCCGCGCGGGCUUCGCGGGUCCGCGCUGCGAGCACGACCUGGCCGACUGCGCGAGCCGCGCCUGCGCCAACGGCGGCACGUGCGUGGAGGGUGGCGGCGGCGCGCGCCGCUGCUCGUGCGCGCUGGGCUUCGGCGGUCGCGACUGCCGGGAGCGCGCAGACCCCUGCGCCGCGCGCCCCUGCGCUCACGGCGGCCGCUGCUACGCGCACUUCUCCGGCCUGGUCUGCGCCUGCGCGCCCGGCUACAUGGGCACACGCUGCGAGUUCCCAGUGCGCCCCGACGGCGCGGACCAGGGCGCAGGCGCAGUACCCGCGAUCCCGCCGGGCCCGCGGCGGGCGGAUCCGCAACGCUUCCUCCUGCCACCCGCUCUAGGGCUGCUGGUGGCCGCGGGCCUGGGCGGCGCCGCACUCUUCGUGGUCCAAGUGAGGCGUCGAGGUUCUGGCCGGGAUGCCGGGUCGCGAUUGCUGGCGGGUACCCCGGAACCGGCAGGCCACAUGCUCCCCGAUGCACUCAACAACCGGAGGACGCAGGAAGGGCCCGGGGAUGGUCCGAGUUCGUCUAUAGAUUGGAAUCGCCCCGAAGAUGGAGACUCUCAGUCGAUUUACGUCAUAUCUGCUCCUUGUGUCUAUGCUCGGGAGGUAGCAGCGCCCCUCAUCCCCACCCUGUACACUUUGGGAACCCUGGGGCGGGAGAUGCUCUUCUGGCCCCAGGAAGCUGGGGACAGCCGGACUUCCAUCCCCGGGUUGCCAUGA